AAAUAUUUUCUAUGGGCGCGUCUAGGGAUAACGGUUGUUUCGUGCACUGGCAGUGAUACUAAGGCGCGGAUACUACACAAUAUUCAUAGUCAAGGCGAACGACUUCCCCUGCGAACGACCAUGGCGGCCGUAAUAGUCCAAAUUAAGAGAAACAUCAAGGCGAAGAAAGAAGCACAGGAGGCCCGGUUGGCACGGUUUCCUAGGAGUGCGAAACCGAAUGAAAAUGACAUCAUUCUCAACAGCGCAGAGUACGACGAAGACAUCGACGAUGCGAUGCAUGAGAAGGAACUCACGCCUUGGGUGUUGUUGAAUGGCAUGAUAUGGGAUUGUCAGCCUUGGGCUAAGCAGGUGUAUGCGGACAUUCGAGUGCAGAUGUUCGUGGCGGUCCUGAUCCUAGGGAAUUUUGUCAUCAACAUCAUCGAGAAGCAGGUCUGGCCAUCAGGCAAAGUCUGUGAAUUGAAAAGCUACGAGUGUACCAAAAGCACAAAAUGCAAUUGUCGAAAGGUAGGGAGGCGAUACAGGCGAAUCUUCGAAGGGACCGGAGCUUUUUUCAAUUAUAUUUUUACAGCUGAACUUGCCUGGAACAUGUAUGCACACUGGUUUAGACUUUUUUGGAAGGACGGGUGGAACGUGUUUGACUUUAUCACAGUCGCCGUUUCGUGGAUCACCGCGGUUGGUGUCGCGUUGCCGGGUCCCCUCGGGAUGUUGCGCAUGGUUCGAGCACUUCGCGUAUUCCGACUUUUCAAACGUGUCAAAUCGCUAAGGAAAAUUCUUGAGUCUCUCGCACGUGCGGUCCCAGGCGUGAUGAAUGCGUUUUUGAUCAUGCUGAUCGUAAUGUGCAUAUACUCUAUAUUAGCUGUCGACUUCUUCAAGAAUCUAGGCCGGGAUGGAGUCUUUCACUACGAGUCUGGCUUCACGAAGACACGAGGCAUAACAGUCGCAAUGGAGCGCUGGUUUUUUUAUCAGUGUCUGAGCCAGUCUUAGUUUUUGAGCGUUCCACGUAUAUACGUGUGUACACACGUAUUGAUUUAUAUCCAAAAAUACAGGCUCAACACAUCGGAAAAGAUGGACUUCUGGAUCGAUAAUUAUGACGGGACAGCUCUUAUAGCAGAAGUCCCUUCACCCAGUCGCGCGGAAUUCCUUGAGCACCAUCAUAACGUUGAGAGCAACGCUGGCACCUAUUAUACUGCACGGGGGAAUGAGUGGGGUCACGAGUACUUCGGCACGUUUGGGAAAUCGCUCUUUACGCUGUUCCAAGUGGUCACUGGUGAUAGCUGGGCUGAGGCCAUCGGGCGAUCGCUUCUGGAAGGUUGGUUUCCGAUGUCCACUGCAUUAUUUUUUGUUACGUACAUCCUUCUUCAUGCUGUCGUGCUUAUGAAUGUCGUUGUUGCUGUCCUCCUUGAAAAAAUGGUAACUCCAGAAGAUGAUGAAGGUGAUGACGAUGAUCUUAUUGGUGCCUUGGAAAAGGAGGCCGAGCAUGAGCUCGCGAACGCAACCCACGACGGCAUGGCAGAUAGCCACGGCGUAUUAGAUUUACAUGGCAACCGCCCUGCUCUUAGCUAUACUGAACCAGUCUCACCCCCCUCUGCAACCAUAAAAUCGUGUCGCUCUGCGUAUGAAGAAGACAGAAGGGUAGAGCCUCGCAGUAUUGAUCUGCUUCGGGGGGGCAUGCGCCAGCAGAUCGAGGCGUUGCACUUGGAAUGUAGCGGCAUCGAGCGCAGCAUUGGGGACAUGCAAGACGGCCAGCGGCUACUUAUCAGGGCCCUCGCGCAGUGCAGUGCCGUGCGCCGGUAGUGUGCCAGACCGCAGGCAGUGCCACCAUAGAUUUUUUUGUUUCAAGGUUUGUUGUUUUUCUGCGGCUUUGAAUCUAGAGGCAGCGAGGAGCGCCGGACCCCUUGCGGCCCUGGCCGGGGUCGGGUCCGGCGUCGGCGAAUCUUGACGUCCUCGCGGCCGCGGACGGCCACGACGACAGCCGCGGCGCGCCGCCGACGGCCAGCUCUAAGAAAGCGGCUGCGCAUACAUAUAUCUUGGUUGCGCAAGCGGCGCAACGAGUCGGGCGCCGCGCGGCUGACUGCGAAUGACAUCUGGGCCGAGGCGUGCAUGAGCGCGUUUCGAAACGCGCCCCACGGGAGUGUCGGGCCCAGUCGGUUCGAUUGGCCAAUUGGCUCGUUCCCGGCGACCGCAUCAGCGGGAUGCGCCGUGCCGCCUGGUCGCUCGACGACCGCAGGGGCGCGCACCAUCUACGACACAUCGACGCGCCUUAUGCACAUGUGCGUCAACCAAGACAGUGCGGAUUCUCUACUGGAAAGUGGCAUCUAGGAGCGCGAAUUAAAACGUACCACUUCACGUACCACUCGGGGGUCGACUGCCCCAUAUUGACUGGAAUUCCUAGUCCGUCACCAACGGCUCGCCGAGGUACCCCGCGAGCCCCCCUGAGGUCCCCAGUGUGGGAAACGAAUAUUCUAAAUGAAUUGUCCCACGUCCGUUGGACGUCCGUUGGACGUCCGUUGGACGUCCGUUGUGACCCCCGCGCGCGCGGUGGGCGGAGGACCUCUAGAGGACCUCCCGCCGGGCGGCCGCCGAUGAACAAUUAAUAAUUCCUAUGGC